AGCGUUUCAGAGCCGGGGAGCCCGAGGCGGAGCAGACGAGGAGAACUCCAGGAGAGAUACUGGGGGGCUUCUAGCCUGAGGCGACGAGUCGGGCUUGAAGGGGGCUCCAGAGGGGUGGGGGGUGUGCUAUUGACGAAGGAGCUCUCAGGGAAGCCGGAGCUGCAGGGAAGCCGGUGCAACAGCGAGUCUGCUAGACCUUGGGGCUCACACUCAGGAUGCUGGUCCCCACACUCCUUGUCCUCUUCUUCCUCUUCCUCAGAGGGCGUGCAGGCCUGUUACCCCACUUCCUGCAACAGCCCGAGGACCUGGUAGUACUGCUGGGGGACGAGGCUCGGCUGCCCUGUGCCCUGGGCGCCUACUGGGGGCUGGUUCAGUGGACUAAGGAUGGACUGGCUCUAGGCGGUGAAAGGGACCUGCCAGGGUGGUCCCGGUACUGGAUAUCUGGGAAUGCAGCUGGUGGCCAGCACGACCUCCACAUUAGGCCUGUGGAGCUGGAGGAUCAAGCAUCGUAUGAAUGUCAGGCUACACAAGCAGGUCUCCGCUCUCGACCAGCCCAAUUGCACGUGCUGGUGCCCCCAGAAGCCCCCCAGGUGCUGGGCGGCCCCUCUGUGUCUCUGGUUGCUGGGAUUCCUGCAAAUCUGACCUGCCGGAGUCGUGGGGAUGCCCACCCCACUCCUGAGCUGCUGUGGUUCCGAGAUGGGGUCCAGCUGGAUGGGGCUACCUUCCAUCAGACCCUGUUGAAGGAAGGAACCACUGGGUCUACUGGGUCAGUGGAGAGCAUCUUAUCCUUGACGCCUUCCAGCCAUGAUGAUGGAGCAACCUUGGUUUGCCGGGCCCGGAGCCAGGCCCUCCCUGUGGGAAAGGACACGGCUAUCACACUGAGCCUGCAGUACCCCCCAGUGGUGACUCUGUCUGCAGAACCACAGAGAGUGCAGGAGGGAGAAAAGGUCACUUUCCUAUGUCAGGCCACAGCCCAGCCUCCUGUCACCGGCUAUAGGUGGGCAAAGGGGGGCUCCCCGGUGCUCGGGGCCCGCGGGCCAAUGUUGGAGGUAGUAGCGGAUGCUUCAUUCCUGACUGAGCCGGUGUCCUGCGAAGUCAGCAAUGCAGUGGGUAGCGCCAACCGCAGCACAGCUCUGGAUGUGCAGUUCGGGCCGAUUCUGCAGUCAAAGCCAAAACCCUUGUCCGUAGACGUGGGGGAAGAUGCCUCCUUCAGCUGUGUCUGGCGCGGGAAUCCACUCCCACGGGUAACCUGGACCCGCCGCGGGGAAGCACAGGUGAUGGCCUCCGGGCCCACUCUGCGUCUUCCAGCUGUGGGACUCGAGGAUGCAGGCGACUACGUGUGCAGGGCUGAGCCUGGGCUCUCGGGCCUGGGGGGCGGCGCUGCGGAAGCUAGGUUAACUGUGAACGCUCCCCCAGUAGUGACUGCCCUGCACUCUGCGCCCGCCUUCCUGAGGGGUCCCGCCCGUCUCCAGUGUCUUGUCUUCGCCUCCCCCGCCCCAGAAGCCGUGGUCUGGUCUUGGGAUGAGGGCUUCCUGACGGCGGGGUCGCGGGGUCGGUUCCUGGUGGAGACAUUUCCAGCCCCAGAGGGCCGCGGGGGACAGGGUCCAGGCCUGAUCUCUGUGCUACACAUUUCGGGGACCCAGGAGUCCGACUUUAGCCGGGGCUUCAACUGCAGUGCCCGGAACCGGUUGGGCGAGGGGGGCACCCUGGUCACCCUGGGACGUAGAGACUUGCUGCCUACUGUGCGGAUCGUGGCGGGAGCAGCUGCUGUUGCCAUGACUCUUCUUAUGGUCAUCACUGGGGUGGCCCUCUGUUGCUGGCACCAUAACAAGGCCUCUUUCUCCAAGCAAAAGAACCUGGUGAGAAUCCAAGGCAGCAGUGACGGCUCCAGUUCCAGGGGCCCUGAGGAGGAGACAGGCAGCGGUGAGGACCAGGGCCCCAUCAUGCACACAGACCACAGUGACCUCGUUCUGGAUGAGGAGAGGGCUCUGGAGACCAAGGACCCAACCAAUGGUUACUACAAGGUCCGAGGAGUCAGUGUGAGCCUGAGCCUUGGAGAAGCCCCUGGAGGAGGCCUUUUCCCACCACCAUCCUCCCCCCUUGGGCCUCCAGGGACACCUGCCUUCUAUGACUUCAACCCACAUCUGGGCAUGGUACCCCCUUGCAGACUAUACAGAGCCCGGGCAGGUUAUCUCACCACUCCCCAUCCUCGAGCUUUUACCAGCUACAUCAAACCCACAUCCUUUGGACCCCCAGAUCUGGGCCCUAGCACUCCCCCCUUCCCAUAUGCUGCCUUCCCCACACCCAGCCAUCCGCGUCUCCAGACUCAUGUGUGACAUCACUCCAACUGAAGAGUCCUGGGAUCUUCAACUUGCCAUAAUGGAUUGUUCUGAUUACUGAGGAGCCAGAACAAAUUGGCGACCUUGCUCUUCGAAAACUGAACAUUGAAUGGAGGGAAAGAUCGUUAUAAUUGUCUGUGUCAUUGAUACACAGUCAGUUCAGCCAAAGGGGAUACCCCAAGUGGGAGCAAGAUGGCCUCUGUGCCUACCUAUUCCCCACUAUGUAAAAGAGAUUCCGGGGGCAAAUGGGCCCUUUGCAGAGGGAAGGGGGGUUGGGGGUAAUGGGAAUUAGGGGCAAAGAAGGAAGUUGUUUCUAAACACUGAAGGAAAAUAUUUCAAGAUGGCCACUUGUAUUGAGAAGAAAGGCAACAUAAGGCAGAUUAAGAUGGAGGUACUGUUCCAGCUGUCCCUGAAGGGCACUUUGCUUCGUUCAUGGAAUUGCAGCCAAAAUGGCCAUCCACUCCUUGGGAACCCCAGAUGGCCACCAUCUUGAUUCUUUCUACCUUCCUUAAAGGCCCUGGAAGAACUGGACCCAAGGAAUAAGGAUAGGGUGAGAGUUGGGUUUGUUUGGUUGGUUGGUUGGUUGGUUGGGGGAGGAUUGGAAUCCAGGAAUGAGAAUAUUUAUGUUUAAUUAAAAGAAAGUUGAGAAG